CAUUCUAACCAGAAGAGGACAGUAUAAUCCCAAAAUAAGUUCUCAAGGUCCAAUAAAUCAUUUCUAAACACAGUCUUUGAGGACCUAACACAAAAUGUGAAAUAAUGAAUAAUAUACUUGAUAUAAAUCAUUUUCUUUGUACAAUUCAAGUGAAACAGUUUUCCAAAGCCCUACAUUUCUUCCUCUAAUUCCCCAUUUUAAGGACAAUUAUUGUUAGUACAGUGAAAUCAUAAUUUAUUAAUAUUGGAUCUCCUUCAAACAAUGUUUCGGAAUAUUUCAUCAUUUUGUUCUUUUUUUUUUUUUUUUUUUUUUUCUGACAGUGGAGGCUAACACCAAACUGCAACAGAAAUGUUGUAACAACAUUAACUCUAGCUGUAAUUACUUUGAUGGAAAUUACAGUUACCAUAAUAAAUUUAAUGAGAUCUGAAUGAGGAUUUUGUUUAUAUAAAAAUUAAAUGAUCACAUACAACAUUUGUGCAUUAGCAAUACGGCGUAAACUCUAGAAGCGCCCAGCCCAGGACAAUAAAUCUCCUCAGCAUGUUUUUUUUUUUUUUUUUAAAGCCUCUUCUCAUGUUACACAGCACAUUCCUCUCCAAACCUCCACUCUGCUUUCCCUUCUCAAAUCCACCAUCCUCCUGCAACGUGUUGCUAGAGAUCAGAGCUUUGUUCUGAGACUUUGGAGACUUUCCAUUGGAAACUGAAGAAUAAACCAAGGGAAAGUCACUAAACAAUCUGACUUUGGAUGCAUCUCACGUAUGGUCCAGUUAAGAUGAGAGCAACUUCAAGAAGGUUUGUGUGCUGGAAUAAUAGCGUUUGAAUGAGGAGCGCAGGAAUUAAGAUGAUGUGGCGCUGAUGCUGUGAGUGAACAGCCAAAGCACAUUAGGCUGCUGACGUUAGUGUUUAUAAUGGCUCUAAGAGUGUGGUUGAAGUUCAGACUAAAAUGUCGGUUUGUGGUGGCCUUCCUUUUUUUCUUCGGUCUGUCAGUGGCGAUGAUAUGCACCCUUCCUCCCUUCCCAUCUGAGCAGAGCAGGGUGAAUGUACGGGGCCCCCGCAAUAACAAACCCAGCAAGCUGGUCGAGAAGUGGUCUCUGAGACCUUACCUUCCAGUGUCUUCAUACGGACAGAACAGCAGAACCCGGAAGAACCCUAAAAUGAAAGAUUCCGCUAAGCAUCUCCUGAUGGUCAACCAUCAUCAACUAUCAUUUUCCUCCGGAAAACAAGUUAAGGAAAAAGUAUCAACCAAAAGGCCUCCAAAAAGUAAAGCAAACAAAAAAGACCGCUAUCUGCAGAACACAAACAAGCGUCUAGCCAAGCCAUUUGCAGCCAGUGCCAAAAAAGGGCGAGCCAGUAGACUAGGAAAUAGCAGCAACUCUAACACAACCAUCCAUCUUCUUCGCUCCAGACAUGACCCAGCUUUCCCUCAGCCUGCCAGCAUCCAAAGCCUCCACCCAAAUAACAAGACAUGCAGGCACAAAUGUGCUCCAGAUGGGGACAAAGUAAAGAGGCUUGUGGGGCAGUUCUCUGAUACACAGCAGGUGGUAAAACUGAAACAGGCCCCUAAAGAAGCAGGGACACAUGAAAGACAAGCAGGGCCCUUUGAGAGGAAGAGGCCCAAAUCCGGGGCAGAAAACAACGACAGGAUUCCAGCAGAGGCUGGCAUCAAAGAUUCAGCCACUGACUGGUGUAAGACUGUCUCUGAUGAAACUUUUAUUGAAAACUGGAACCAGACCAAAGCAGAGUCUCUACCCUGGCUCAGUGAGGAUGAUAUGAAAAAGAUGGCGCUUCUCUCCAGAGGCACUGUGUUGAGCAAAGCCAGGCUACCAGGCCAUGGUCAAGUGCUUCAGGUUGGAUUCAGUGAUAGAAAUGACAUUUUUGCUUCUGCAGGGGACAAUCAUAUCAAAUGCUGCCAGACAGGAAGCUGUGCUCUCAUAAAACGCCCCAAUGACUGGUUUGAGGUGUUCGCCUUUCACCUGGACAGAGUUCUAGGUCUGAACCGGAGCUUGCCCGCAGUGUUGAGAACAUUCCACAGUGAGAUUCUACCAUACAGGUACACAACUGGAUCUCCCAGACCGGUGGUGUGGUGGGACCCCAGCAUCCAGCAUUUGUCUGAUGCUGAGAAUGACCAGAACUCUUUUUCACUUACUUGGCCACAAUAUCAGACUCUGCUUAAGAGCAGGUGUGGUACUGGGGUACCGUUGAACUUUACAACAUGUGUGGGAGUUCAUCACUCAGAGUGGGGGCGGCUGGCCUUGUUUGACUUCCUGCUGCAGGUGAAUGACAGACUGGACCGGUCUUGCUGUGGUUUCAGACCAGACCCAUCAGAUCUGUGUGUAGAAAACCUGCUGCAUAUCAAAUGUAAAAACCCAAAGGACUUAAAUCUGGUGCACAUCCUGGUUCGGAAGACCGAACCAUCCAGACUGGUUUUUAUUGACAAUGCAGGAAGACCUCACCAACCACAAGACAAUCUCAACUUCAGACUUGUUGAAGGUAUUGAUGAGUUUCCGGAACGGGCUGUUUCAGUGCUGCAGUCAGGAUGUCUGGAGAGGAUGCUCCUUCGCUCCCUAUCUGUGGAUCAGGAAUUCUGGGUGAGCAGAGGAGAGGCGUCCGGACUCAAAUCUCUCAUCCGGCACAUAGAACAAAGAGCCAAGGCCCUCCUCCAGCAUAUACAAGAGAAGAAACUAAGACUUAACUAAAAACUCUCCCAUGAAGAGAUUCUCUCAUUUUGUAAAUAACCAAUUACUGAAUUCUCAGAAGACACAAAAGGUUUAUGGAAAUUGUUUGCUUUGAUUUGAAUUGCCCAGAUUCAUUUAUGUGCAUGUCUCGAAGUGUGUUUGUUGUGCUGUUUAGAAAAUCAUGCAAACUAUAAAAGACAGCUUAAAUGAGAGGAGGCAGUGCAUUUGCAUGGAUUUUUGAGUGAUUUACCUAAUCAGGGUUGACAAUCCUUGAACUGUGAUUAACUGGUGCUCUCAGUAUCUGAGAGAAGAGAUUCCAGAUGGUCAUUUGCAAAGCAGAACUCAUGCCGAGGCACAUCACUAUGAAGAGACUCAACAACAAGCAAUUUGUCUUUCCAUGCUGAAUGUGUAGAAUGUGUUGAAACAAUUUUCACUCAGAAAUUGCUAUAGUAAAUUCAUAAUGAAUUAAAUGUGAAAUUUUGUUGUAAAACUUA